AUGAAGUUGUCUCUGUUAGCACUUCUUACUAUUGCGGGUGCUGCAAUGGCCAAAAACGUUGUGGACUUAAAUAAGUUUAAAAUAAGUGCGCAAAAUGAGAAGAGGUCACCCAAGAAUGUUAUUGACUUGAGUUCUCUUUUAAAACUGGGUGGAAAGUCGAAAAGAGAAGCUAAGAAUAUCAUUAGCUUAGAGGAUUUCAAGGUAGAACUCGACCGUGGAAGUAAUAUUAAAAGAGAUCCAAAAAAUCUCUUUGAUUUAGAACAGUUUGAAAAUGCGGCUACUGAUGAUGGAAAUAAGAGGAGAAGCGAGUAUGGGGAUAACGAGGAUGAAAUAGUGUUCAUUUUGAAUGAAGAAGAUAGCUCGAAGAACCUCUUGCAAUCCACUUUACCUCAAAUCCGUGAAAUUUCUGUCUUUGCUGGUUAUCUCAGGGAUAAUGUUGAGUUAUAUGAGAAAACGGAGAAAACGGACGAAGUAAUGGUCAUUAUAUCUCCAACAGAUGAGGCUCUUGCAAACAAGUUGAAUGGAUUAAAGCCGUGGCAAUUUCCGGCUCCGUUGGACGAUAAUGCAAGCCCUGAAGAGAACGAAAAGACUGUUAGAAAUAAUCUCAAUAGCUUUUUGAGUGGUCAUAUUGUUAUAAACUUUGAGUCAACGAUGACUUUCGAGGAAGACAAUACUGUCGUUAGUAGGUUAUUGAACGGUGAACUUGUUAAAAUUAGACAGAACCUCGAAACAGAAGAAUAUCACAUAUCUACAGGAGAAGAGUGGAUUAAUGUCAGCAGUAUGAAGCAAGUUGAUAAUGGGUUUAUUUUCGUGAUCGACGAUGUGUUGGUGAAACCAGAGUGA